AAAAGAAGGAGCAGCGGCCGGGAGACGCCCCGGGCCGCGGGGAGGGGGGCGGCUCGCCAUUUUUGGCUCCCGGGGGGCGGCGUCUCUGGCGAGCGAGGCGUCGCGACGCCCGUCCGCAGUGCACAGCAGGCGUCACAACCCGGCACUCCUCGGCCCGCGAACAGCGCUUCGGCAGAGCGAGCACUAGUUUUUCCUGGAGGCGAGAGGGAGAGCAGUCGGCCGCCAACAUGGACGCGAUCAAGAAGAAGAUGCAGGCGAUGAAGCUGGAGAAGGACAACGCCAUGGACAAGGCCGACACGUGUGAAGGACAGGCGAAGGACGCAAACCUCCGAGCGGACAAGAUCCUGGAAGACGUGGGCGACCUCAAGAAGAAGCUGACCCAGGUGGAGGCCGACCUCGCGGCGACCAAGAACAACCUGGAGCAGGCCAACAAGGACCUGGAGGAGAAGGAGAAGACCUUGCAGAACGCGGAGAGCGAGAUGGCGGCGCUCAACAGGAAGGUGCAGCUGAUAGAGGAGGACCUGGAGCGGUCGGAGGAGCGCUCCAACACGGCCCUCACCAAGCUGGCCGAGGCCUCCGAGGCCGCCGAGGAAGCCAAGCGGAUGUGCAAGGUGCUGGAGAACCGCAGCCAGCAGGAUGAGGAGAGGAUGGACCAGCUGACCAACCAGCUGAAGGAAGCGCGCCUGCUGGCAGAGGACGCCGACGGCAAGUCCGACGAGGUGUCGCGCAAGCUGGCCUUCGUUGAAGACGAGCUGGAGGUGGCUGAGGACCGCGUCAAGUCCGGAGACUCGAAGAUCAUGGAGCUGGAAGAAGAGUUGAAGGUUGUCGGUAACAGCUUGAAGUCUCUGGAGGUAUCGGAAGAGAAGGCCAACCAACGAGUGGAAGAAUACAAGCGCCAGAUUAAGACCCUCACAGUCAAGUUGAAGGAGGCGGAGGCCCGCGCUGAGUUCGCUGAGAAGACGGUGAAGAAGCUCCAGAAGGAGGUUGACAGGCUGGAAGAUGAACUUGGAAUCAACAAGGACCGAUACAAGUCGCUGGCAGACGAGAUGGACUCCACCUUCGCCGAGUUGGCCGGGUACUAACCCCGCCCCCCCUGACCACACGUCGCGGACAGCAGCCGGGCGGGGCGCGCCUGCCUCCAACCAAUCAGAGCCGGCGUGACGUCCACCGCAGGCCUCUCUAGGGAAACUUCACUUCUACCAGCCUUCUUCUCUUCCGCAGUCGAAAUAAGCUCCGUUCGCUCGAAUCAAAAAAUUAAAAAUUCUGGAACUUUGAAAACACAUGUAAACAAAUAAACUUAUGGGUUCUGCUACAAAACAACCAAAUUCUACGAUUAAUUAUUUUUCUUUUCUUCUACAAGUUGUAAAUAUGUAGAACGUGAAAAAACUUGACGGUAGGAAGGAAAUAUAUGCAUGUGUUUGAGAAGUGUACGUGUUGAUUGUUAACGUUUAAACUGCCUAUAUUAUCUCGAGAGUUUGUACAAUUUUUUUUUCUAGUUGGACUGAAUCAAUUGUUUCCUUCUGUGAGCCACAGAUGGUUGUGUGUGGUUUCACAAGUUUGAAAUUCAACAAAACUGUGCCUUACAGUGCGGUACCAAGUGGAAAGCACUGAUUAAAAAAAAUAUAGAAUCAUAUGAUUUGUAUUAACAGAAAUAAACUGUUGUUAACCGUGA